AUGGCCGGCGAGGGCGCAGGCGCGCUAUUGGCAGCAGGGGCCAGCGAUGGUACCACUGACGGGCCACCAGUGCCCCAGUACAAGCUGUGGGCCGACCCCCUGCAGCUGUCCGCGGCGUUUGCGCCGCUGGAGGCGCUGAUGCGCGAGCGCAUCAUCUACAUCGACGGCGCCAUGGGCACAAUGAUCCAGCGCUACAAGCUGGAGGAGGAGGACUUCCGGGACGCUGAGCGUGUCCCCAGUGUGGAGAACCCUGCGUUCCGCGGCAUCACGUACGAUGAGGUGGUGGACGCGUACUACGAGCAGCUGGAGGGGCUGUACGACGGCGGCGUGGACAUGCUGCUGGUGGAGACGAUCUUUGACACGCUGAACGCCAAGGCUGCUGUGUUUGCCCUGGAGAAGUUCUUUGGGGACAAGGGCGUGCGCCUGCCUGUGUUCAUCAGCGGCACGAUUGUGGACAACAGCGGCCGCACGCUGAGCGGGCAGACCAACGAGGCGUUCUGGAACAGCGUCAGCCACGCCAAGCCCAUGGCCAUCGGCCUCAACUGCGCCCUGGGCGCCUCCGACAUGAAGCAGUACAUCGCCAACCUCAGCGCCUGCGCCGACUGCUUUGUGUUCUGCUACCCCAACGCCGGGCUGCCCAACGCCAUGGGCGGCUACGACCAGAAGGGUGUGGAGAUGGCGGAGGAGGUGCGGCCCUUCUUUGAGGAGGGCCUGGUCAACGCCGUGGGCGGCUGCUGCGGCACCACGCCCGAGCACAUUGCCGCCAUCCGGGCUGUGGCGUCUACCUUCCCGCCGCGGGCGACGCACCCUGUUGAGCCGCUGCUGCGCAUCAGCGGUCUGGAGCCGUUCAACUACACGCCGGACGCGUCCAACAUGCGGCGCACGUUCAUCAAGAUUGGGGAGCGCUGCAACGUGGCGGGCUCCAUCGCCUUCAAGAAGGCCAUCAUUGAUGGGGAUUUCGACACGGCUCUGGGCAUUGCCUUGAAGCAGGUCCAGCAGGGUGCUGACGUGCUGGACAUCAACAUGGACGACGGCCUGAUCGAGGGCGUGCCCGCCAUGACCAAGUUCGUCAACCUCUGCAUCUCAGGUGGGCGCUGCUGGGCGGACUACAGAACGAAUGGGGGCUGUCAAGUGUGGGACUGCAGGGUGCGCUCACUGGGCCCCUAA